CGCACCGGCUUCCCGCAGACGUGUAACAGACGGUGGGCCGCAGCCAUGGCCGAGAGGAAAUCUAACGGUGGCAGUGGCGGCGCCUCCACCUCCUCGUUGAGCACUAACUUACUCUUCUCCUCCUCGGCCACGGAGCUCAGCUUUAACGUGCCCUUCAUCCCAGUCACCCAAGCCGUCGCGGCCCCGGCCUCCCUGCUCUUGCCCGGAGAGGAUUCCACAGAUGUGGGUGAGGAGGACAGCUUCCUCGGUCAGACUUCUGUUCACACAUCCACCCCACAGACAUUUAGUUACUUCUCUCAGGUAUCAAGCAGUAGUGAUCCUUUUGGGAAUAUUGGACAGUCACCUUUAACAACUGCAGCAACAUCGGUUGGACAAUCUGCGUUCUCCAAUUCCCCGACUGCUCUCCCUUUUACAACUGGAUCCCAAGAUGUGUUGAAUGCAUUUCCACCAUCUGUAUCGAAGCCUCCAUAUGGUGCUCCACCUUCCCCACAGAUGGGAAUGAAUACUUACCUGCCUUCUCAGCCAAGUAGUCUCCCUCCUUCAAAUUUUGGGAGCCCACCCCAAGGAACCCCCCAACAAGGGUACAAUCCAUAUCGCCAUACCCCUGUCAGCAGCAGGGCUAAUCCAUAUAUUGCACCACCACAGCUGCAACAGUGCCAAACACCAGGCCAUCCCUCUCACCCUCCACCCUCUGGACCCCCUAUGCAGAUGUACCAGACGCCUCCAGGAUCUUUGCCACCGAUUCCUCCUUCAGUGCAGUCACCAACACAGCAGCAGGUACUUGCUAGACCUGUGGGUCCCUCUGUGCCAGGGCCGCCACCUUUUGUACUUCAAAAUCAAUAUGAACCUGUUCAACCCCACUGGUUUUACUGCAAGGAGGUAGAAUAUAAGCAACUAUGGAUGCCUUUCAGUGUGUUUGACUCUUCAAAUCUUGAAGAAAUUUAUAAUUCUGUCCAGCCAGAUCCUGAGAGUGUGAUCCUAGGUACAGAUGGAGGGCGCUAUGAUGUUUACCUCUAUGACCGAAUGAGAAAAGCCGUGUACUGGGAGGAGGAGCCUGCUGAAGUGAGACGCUGUACUUGGUUUUACAAGGGGGACACAGAUAGCAGAUUUGUUCCCUAUACAGAGGAGUUCAGUGAAAAACUAGAGGCAGAAUAUAAAAAAGCUGUAACCACAAAUCAGUGGCACCGCAGAUUAGAGUUUCCAAGUGGAGAGACCAUUGUUAUGCACAAUCCAAAGGUUAUUGUUCAGUUCCAGCCUUCUUCAGUGCCCGACGAGUGGGGGACCACACAGGAUGGACAGACAAGGCCCAGGGUUGUAAAACGUGGGAUUGAUGACAACCUUGAUGAGAUUCCUGAUGGGGAAAUGCCUCAGAUUGACCAUUUGGUAUUCAUGGUGCAUGGUAUUGGACCUGUGUGUGACUUGCGCUUUAGAAGCAUUGUUGAAUGUGUGGAUGAUUUUAGGGUGGUUUCUCUCAAAUUGCUGCAGACACAUUUCAAGAAAUCUUUAGAUGAGGGAAAAGUCAGCCGAGUGGAGUUCCUCCCAGUUCACUGGCACAGUGCCUUGGGUGGGGAUGCAACGGGUGUUGACAGGAAUAUCAAGAAAAUCACUUUGCCAAGUAUUGGUCGUUUUCGUCACUUUACCAAUGAGACCUUGCUAGAUAUUUUAUUUUAUAAUAGCCCCACCUACUGUCAAACAAUUGUGGAGAAAGUGGGAGUGGAAAUAAAUCGUCUCUAUGCACUCUUCAUGAGUCGGAAUCCAGACUUCAAAGGAAGAGUCUCUGUUGCUGGUCACAGUUUAGGUUCUUUAAUAUUGUUUGAUAUCCUAUCUAAUCAAAAAGAUUUGAAUUUCUCCAAGUCUCCGGGACCUCCCGCUGUUGCUAAUGGAGUUGUGAAGCAGCCCCAUUUUCAGGACAAGCAGAUGCACGAAGAGUCAAAGCUGGCUUUGGAUGAUUCAUGUGACCUUGAUGUUGAAAAUGAAGAAGUCCUAACUUUGCAAGAAACUCUGGAAGCACUUAGCCUCUCUGAAUAUGCUAAUACUUUUGAGAAGGAAAAGAUUGAUAUGGAAUCUCUGCUUAUGUGUACAGUUGAUGACCUGAAGGAAAUGGGAAUACCCCUUGGACCCAGGAAGAAGAUAGCUAACUUUGUAAAACUUAAAGCAGCCAAAUUGGAACAGAAAAAAGCAGCAUCAGAAAAGAAGGCAAUGAUGGCUGCUUCGACAAAAGGACAAGAUGAAAGUGUUCAGAAAGCUAAAGAAGUGGCUUCUGUCCCUUCAGAAUCUAGUGAAUCUAAGAGGAAGCUUCCAGUUGGUGCUUACGUUUCUUCUGUGCACAUUGAUUAUGAGUCUUUUGAAGUUGGCACUGGCCAGGUUUCUGUUAUUUACAGCUCAUUAGACUUCGAGCCAGAGAUUUUCUUUGCUUUGGGAUCUCCAGUUGGUAUGUUUCUUACCAUCCGAGGAGUGGAUAAGAUAGAUGAAAACUACAGGCUUCCUACUUGUAAAGGAUUCUUCAAUAUUUAUCAUCCUCUUGAUCCAGUGGCAUAUAGAUUAGAACCUAUGAUUGUUCCAGAUUUGGAUCUAAAAGCAGUCCUCAUCCCACAUCACAAAGGCAGAAAAAGACUUCAUUUGGAGUUGAAAGAAAGUCUCUCUCGAAUGGGAUCUGAUUUGAAGCAGGGUUUUAUUAGCUCUCUGAAAAGUGCUUGGCAGACACUUAAUGAGUUUGCCCGUGCUCAUACCUCUUCAACUCAGUUGCAAGAAGAAUUGGAGAAAGUUGCCCAUCAAAUCAAAGAGGAAGAAGAAAAGCAAGUAGUUGAAGCAGAAAAGAUUGUUGAAAGUCCAGAUUUUUCCAAGGAUGAAGACUACUUAGGAAAAGUUGGAAUGUUAAACGGAGGCCGCCGAAUUGAUUACGUUCUUCAAGAAAAGCCAAUAGAGAGUUUUAAUGAAUAUCUUUUCGCUCUUCAGAGUCAUUUGUGCUAUUGGGAAUCCGAAGAUACUGCUCUCCUACUACUUAAAGAAAUUUAUCGAACAAUGAACAUUAGUCCAGAGCAGCCCCAGCAUUGAUCGGACUUCUAUUUUACUAAAGUCCCAGGGAAAAUCACCUUGCUGAAAGAACUCUCCAUGGAUGUUCCCAAGUCUGCUCCUGUGAUGGAAGAUUGAAAAGCGAUGCGUCGACAGUUGUUCACACAUGACUCUCAGGUGUGGGCUUCAUUCAGAAGGCAACACAUGGAGCGAAAAGGAAAUGAAAAAAUCUACUGCAUUUGGACAGUAUGGAUGAGAAAAUGUAAUUAUAAAAAUAAUGCAAUGAAAAAUUCCUCAGAUUUGUUUAGUUGUAUAGUUGUCCAAGUUAAGUAUGAGUUAAAUGAAGAAAUAUUUGUAGCAUGCAAAUGGUUAUUUCUGUUUCUGAAAAACCAUCAUCAAUGGGCUAUUAAACUUACAUUUUUCUUUUUAUUAGUGCAGUAUGUUCCUUUUAUUCAGGUAUGGACUUCUUGAGAAACUCUGGUAACAUGAUUUUCAGGAAAGAUGUCAUACUUUCAAUGUGAAGCAUGGUUCUGAGCUGCUGGGAUGCAGGGUCCUUUCUGAGGAAGUGGCCAAGGUCACUUGCAGCCCACGCUGGGUCUACGGUGUUGUGGAGCCUUCACACCACCGGAAGCCUAGUUAUGAAAUGCUUUGACUUUCCAGAAGUUCUGUGAUGGACUCUCUGGGAGUGUCCACCUACACAAGGAGGAGGGAGCACAUGUCAGGUUUCAUUUGGUCAUCAGACGAAGCUGGCAGUUGCCUCAUUGCUGAAGUUCUACUUAAUGUGAGAACCAAAGUAGAGGUUUUUGUUUUCUGGUUUAUUAAUUUCCCUUAUACCAAAGUCUUUGAAAGUAUGAAAUGUACUGCUUCUAGGCUGUAAAGCUACUUCAUGAAAAGACUGCUCUGUGGUAUUUCACUUUGUUUUACCAUAAAUUCAAAUUAUCUAAAUAUUUUCCUAAUCCUACACAGAAAUGCUGAUUUUCUUCUUUUGUUAUGUAGUGGAAACAUUUUACAUUGUUUACAUAGUUCUCAUGGAACAUGGAAUUUUUUGAAAGCUAUAUAUGAUACACAUUUUUGUGUAUAUAUAUUCUAAUUGGUGUGAAUAAAACAGUAACAUCAGUGAUUUUUUUAAGCAG